GUGGCAAGGGCCAAUUCAAGUGGCAAUUGUACCAGGACUCUCGAUCAUCAGGGACUCUGGGUAGGAACGAAUACGGUAGUGGUGCACGGAGUACCUAUGAGAAGUUAUGGUGGAAGCAGUUGCACCAAUCACCUGCCUGCGCGUCUAGAUCUUCCCCACAAUCGUUGCAAACGGAUUGUCAAUUCAUGGGAUAUCAAUGAAACAAAGGAGGCGAGGUUCACAAAUCACCCAUAAAUGGACCUUAGCAUGCGACCUGGGCUGUCGUCCGAAGCUUUGCUUGCAGUUAUCAAGCGAAAACUGGUGGUCUGGGAGUCUCAGUUCCUCGCAGAGCAUGGCCGAGAACCUGGGAAGUUGGACGCAUAUGCAGAUGAGAAAAUGGCGGCGCUCUAUCGGAAGUACGCAAUGCUGAAAAUGGCCGUCAACAGGAAUGGAGCACUGCCGAGGGGGAAGCCAGAUUCAGCCUCUCAUCAUCUGGCAACAAAGGGGGCUAGUGCAGCCACCCAGCGUUGUCUCCUUGAAUCAAAAGGCAAGAGGCAGUUUGAAGUUGAUUCCCAGGUCAACAAAAAGCACUUGGCAAGGGCACCGUUGAAGGACAGGGCCAAUCUGCAGAACGACAGCAUGCAGGGGAACCUCCAACGGACAAAGCUGCCCAAGCCGAAGCAAAAAGGUGGGCUCUUAGGGGAUGUUUUGGGGAAUGGGAACAACCUUGCCAGCGCACGUGGAGGACACUCUUUUAGCAGAUGGUUACCUUCUGAUGGGGAGAGGGGAGAAGAGCGGUCCAAUGUGUCCACAGUCAUCCCGGUUGAAGCUGACAACGCAUUUGCUGAAGAAGGGCUUUCAGCAAACCCCAGAAACCCCUCGCACAAUCAAGACCGGCUGAGCCGGGACCCAAACAGCCCGCAGCGAUCACAGAAAGGAGCUAGCAGUAUGAUAGCUGACAGCAAGGUCAAGUUACCCUUUCAGCCGGCAGCGCAGGGUCAAGGGCGCAGUUCUGGGUCAUACGCUGGUGCGGGGUCCUUUUCUAAGAAGCAUGGCUCAUUCACUGGGUUUGCCAAGCUGCAACAGGUGAACGGACUACUUGCAGAACAAGCCCCAGAGUUGACAGGAUCUGGCCCUGAGCAAGAAGCAAGGGCACCUAGUAGCAUGGAUACAGUGCCCCCGUCUGAACGCCUCAGAACAGACAACAGCUGCCCACGAAGCAACGCGGUGGCACAAACUCACUUAGUAGGCAUCGCAGCCUGUGAGUCGGAGAUAGACAACGACCAGGGAGUCCAGCGGACAGAAGAGUGUUUCGCAGAGUCGAUCGGGCAGGAGCGGCAAGCAGGGGAAGGAGCGGGCCAGGCGAACCAGGGGCAAACUGCUGGGGGGCAUGCCGAGCUCCCUCAAUUCAGCAAGCUAGAUGGAAGGCGUCAAGAGCCAGGCAGUGCAGAGCCAGUACCGAGUGGCCAACAAGAAGCUGCAGAAGGAGGAACAGGGGCCGCGGUUAGUCGACCGAUAGAAGCAGACUUGGGCGCGAGCUUAGGCAGCAGCCUGCAGGCCGGCGGCGCCAUCGAGGCCAGGCUCUUGAGAUUGACGGUGGUCCAAUUGAAGCAGCAGCUGGAAGGGCGGGGCCUCGUGUGCAGGGGCAAGAAGCAAGAGUUGGUGGCACGCCUAGUUGGGGCCAUCUUGGAAGAGGGCGACCUGAGCAACUGGGAGGAAAGCCUGGGGGUGCUCGAUGCCGGGGGCUGGGGUAACCCUUCUCUGGUGUUGAAGCGGGGAGCAAAGAGUGCAACAGCGAGGGGAGAAUCUGGUCGGGGUGAGAAGCACGGGGCUGGCGCCGUUGCGGAGGGCAGUCAAGAGCAAUGUGUGCAAGAUGGAAAGAGUGCGGCAAGUAAGGCUUCGACAAAACGGAAAGCGGGAGCGAAACAGAAACGGGCAAAAGGGGCCCUUGCUGAAGGUGCAACCUCUGAGUCCAGCGACGAAGACGUGCAGAUCUUCGAUGGGGCUUCAAAGAGGAGUCUGCGGAGCAAAUCUGAAAAGGGGGAGAAAGAAACCGCUGGCCAGGACGAAGAUGCCCCGGAGACGGCCUCAGAGAAGAGCUUUGACUCAAACGAUCUCAGCGACUCGGAUGACGACUACAAGCCACCGAAAGAAGGGGAGGCGGUGGCGGCAGAAGCAGAGGCUGCCCAGGUUGCGAGUGAGGGAGAAGCAGAUUCAGGGGACCCGGAACGGCAGCCUCGAGGGAAGCGGAAGAGAGCUGCUGGUGAGGAAAGCAGUCAGAAGAGGAGCAAGGCGAAAAAGGUGGCGGCCGCAGGGGAGCCAGUAAGCAGGUCGAAGGGGACGAAACGAAGUAGGACGGUGUCGGGGCCUGGUGAAGAGAUGGAACGUGGGGGGACGAAGAGGGCAGCGGCCGCCAAGCGGAGGGCUGAGCUGCAAGCUGUGGGGUGGGGAGGGCCCGUUCGCACCAGCCGGGCUACUGGCAAGGCAUCAGGCAACUUCUCGAGCGCGGGGCUGCCGGUGCGCGACAACUUUGUGCGGCAGACCAUCAACGGCAGGGGGGGCGGGAGGAAGCGGUUCACAAACGGGGGGCGGUCUUCCUUCAGGAGUAAGAGCGGAACCCGGCCGUUCAAACGGAACUGGGGCAAGUCGCGGAGGGGCGGAAAGACGGGGUCGAGACCAACGGGCAGGGGGGCUGCUCCUGGGAGUGAAGAGCCUGGUGAGGGGGGGACGGGGGAGGGGUGGGGUGCUGAGGAGCAGCCGGGCCUCUUUAAGAACGAAGGCUGGCUGCCCGCAAGUGCAGGGUCCGCAGUCCAGACGCCGGAAACUGAGUCCCUGGGGGAGCCUUCGAUACCUUGUCAGCUGGUUGACCAAGCAGAGCCACCGCCGGCCAGCGUCAGUAACUGUCCGAAUGAUGCUGAGACGGAGGCAGCGAUGCAGGCGGCCCGGGGGGAUCCCUCCGAGAGCAACCUGCUGAUCGUUCUCCAGCGGCUGUUUAGUUUCGACGACUUCCGGGAGGGCCAGCUGGCGGCCAUUCAGCGGGUGCUGGCGCAGCGGUCGACCAUGCUGGUGCUGCCGACAGGGGCGGGGAAGUCGCUCUGCUACCAGCUGCCCGCACUGCUGCUGCCGUCCCUGACCCUGGUCAUCUCCCCGCUGGUAGCGCUCAUGACGGACCAGCUGCAACACCUGCCUCCCUGCCUGCCCGGGGCGCUCAUCAGCAGUGCGCAGGCCCCUUGGGAGAGCGCCAGCGUCAUCGCAAGGCUGCAAGCCGGCGAGCUAAAGGUGCUGUUCAUUUCUCCGGAGCGGCUCUUCAGCGAGACGUUCCUUGCGGUCAUGGCCAGCCUGCCGCCCGUGUCCCUGGCCGUCGUUGACGAGGCGCACUGCGUCUCAGAGUGGUCCCACAACUUCCGCCCCUCUUACCACCGCCUCGGCUCCGUCCUCCGCUCCCGCCUGCGCGUGCAGUGCGUCCUGGCCAUGACUGCCACCGCCACCCCCAAGACGGAGGCCGCGGUCGCGGCCGCGCUCGCGCUCCCCGAUGACGCCAUCAUCCGGUCGGCGCGAGUGCGGGAGAACCUCCGCCUGUCGGUCAGCAAGGAGGCCAACAAGAUGUAUGCCCUGGCCGCCAUGCUCAAGACGGGGCCCUGUGCAAAAGUCAAGAGCGUCAUCGUCUACUGCAUCUUCCAGGCACAGACGGAUCAAGUGGCCGCUUACUUGGAAGCCAACGGGAUCUCUGCUAAGAGCUACCAUAGCGGCAAGCACGGGGACGAGCGCGCGCGUAUCCAGCAGCGCUUCUGUGCCAACAAGCUGCGAGUGGUGGUGGCGACAGUGGCUUUUGGCAUGGGCCUUGACAAGAGCGACGUGGGGGCUGUGAUCCAUUACAACAUGCCGCGCAGCCUCGAGCACUACGUGCAGGAGAUCGGGCGGGCCGGCCGCGACGGCUCCCUUGCGCACUGCCACCUGUUCCUGGACGACGCGGACUACAUCAAGCUGCGCAGCCUGGCCCACAGCGACGGCUGCGACGCCAACUCCGUGCUGCGCUUCCUGUCCAAGGUCUUUGUCAGCGACGGCUCGGAGGUGCGCGCGGACCCCGCGGGGAUGGAGUGCCGGGCGGUGGAAAUCGAGGCGACGGCCACGGAGCUAGACCUGAAAGAGGAGGUGAUGGCGACCAUCCUGUCCGCGCUGGAGGUGGGCGACGCCCAGUACGUGCGCGUGCUGUCCCAGCUGAGCGCCACGUGUACGGUCACCUUUCACGGCCGCAGCCCCGCCGCGCUGGCCGAGGCGCACCCGCUCGCGGCCGCCAUCCUGCGCCUGUGCCCGCAGCCCAAGCAGGGCCGAUUCACAUUCGAUGUGCCCAGCCUCGCCAGCGCGCUGAGGGAACCGUUGGCGACGGUGCAGCGGGAGCUCCAACGACUGCAGUCUGCGCGGGAGAUUCAGUACGAGGUGAAGGACCCCGCGUUCUGCUUCUCCGUGCUGCGGCAGCCCGAGGACCUCGCGGCGCUCAGCCGGGACAUCGCGCAGCGGCUCGACGAGGUGGAGCAGUGCAAGGUCGCCAAAUUGGACGCCAUGUACAGCGCCGCGGCCGCGGCCGCGGCCGCGAACCUCCAAACCUCCCCCAGCAGCUCGGCGGAAGAUGCCAACGCCCUGCUUCACCGGCGCAUUGCUGAGAAUUUUUCGACGGGAGAGGACGCGGACGCGCCACUGCCAGGGGUCUUUCUGAACGGGAACAAGCACGCUCCGCUGACGGGCCGUGCCGUCGCCCGCAUCUUCCACGGGCUGUGGAGUCCGGCGUUUCCGUACCAGGACUGGUGCAAGAACCACUUCUGGGGUCGGUAUGCGGACGUCAACUUCCACGACAUUCGGAGGAUCGCCACAGCAGCGCUAGUAGAAGCGAAGUGCAACAGAUAG